CAUCUUACUACAUAUUCACAUCACGCAUAGUGCACGUAAAUGUAUUGUCAUGAAAUAGCUAACUGUUGCAGAUCUUGAUUUCAUAGGUAAAAUAUAAAUAACAGCGAUGUUAUAUCCAAAAGGGCAUCCGCCAAAUCUCAAAGUAAGAAGGAACAAAGCUUUGGAAGUAUGGCUUUUGCUCCUAGGCAAGAUAAUAUGAAAACUAUUUACUUUUUACGCCAUGGAUUAGUUGAUCACAAGACCGAUGAACAGGGCGUUCAUCGAGAUCACGAUCCUAUGUUAAAUGAGGAAGGCAUCAAGCAAGCUGAAAAGGUUCGAGACGAAUUAAGAGAUGCAGAACUUCCUGUGGAGAUCAUUUUUUGUUCUCCUUUGCGCCGGGCUAUUGAAACCAUGCAAAUUGCAUUCCAGGAUUACCUGAAAGAAGGCCAUGUCCCGGUAAAGAUCCUUCCUACUUUACAAGACUGCGGCGACUGGGAAUGUAACGUCGGAACACCAACUGCAGAAUUGGAACAGCAAUUUCCUAGAUAUGACUUUUCAGCCUGUUACGAGGACAAGUUAUAUCCCAAGAAGGAAGGAAUCCACAAAGCAGACUUUGAGACCAGUGUACUAAAGACUCAACAGUUAGCUGAAUACUUUGCCAGGGUACCUCAAAAAAAUUUAGCAGUCGUAACCCAUGGUGUUUGUAUCCGUCUCUUUUGUGGUUUCCAGAAACCAGGGGAAACCUUGAAUGCUACUCCCAAGGACAAGAACUCUUUUAGUCCUUGCCAGUAUGGUGGGUAUACUUUUCAUUAUUAUAGCGACAAAACCUGGAGAUUUACUCCGCUUGAAGGGAAAUCGUAAUGAUAGCAUUACUCGGAAGUACUCUAAUUAUUUUUUCUUUUUUUUUUUGAACCGGUCUGUGACACUUCAGACCCCGUUCAUUGUUGACGAAAUUAUGAUUCUUCUAACGGCCUGUCUAUGAAUUUGUGCACAAAGGUUGGAAUUCUUUCCCUAAUAAUGAUAAUUAUACCCUAUAGAUGAUACUACUAUAGUAUGGUAAUGGAUCUAUUAAAAGGCGUGUUUCUGUUUUUGUUCCUUUUAAAUAAAAAAAUCGUAUUAAAAGUAUAAAUUAUAAAAGCAAAAUUAAU